AUGAAUACGAUGAACAUAAUCCAGGAAUACGAGAGACGUUGCCUCUUUAUGCAUCGACGACUGCGCACAGAUCCACGAUGCCAUCCCAAGUUGCGCACUUUUGUGCAAUCUUUCAAGCUCAAUCGAGAGGCUUUUAUACGUCACAUAAUGUUGCAUUGCUACGAGAAGGAGUACAUAGUACUUGCAAACGAAUUGACAUUCGUAUUCUGGUAUGAAUUUGGUUGGACCGAUAAGAUGAUGGCAUAUGAAAACAUAAUACGUAUCACUGCCGAUGUAUCGCAAGUCGCUUUGAUGUAUUUAGACACAUUUCCCAAGCACACUUUUAUAAUGCUGCUAUACGCAAUCGUAAAGUUUUCUAAAAAUGUUAUAAUGAACAUGACAAGCGACAAACAUAAAACGAUUUGCUAUAACCUGCUGAGGACUUUGUCUUCUAUAAAUACUAUUGUCACUGAAACGUACUAUGGAAAAAUGUACGAUCUUUGGCUUAAGCGUAUUCAAAAUAUAGACCCACAUUUGGAAGCAGAAAUAUAUUUUGAUGAGAUUCAUAAAUGGAUGUACAACGUUUUUGAAUAUGAAUUUGAGACAAUGCCUCCUGUACACAAAAAAUGUAUUUGUAAUGAAAAUUUCUACUGUAAAUAUCACGGUUUAUUAAUUAAAAAAGAAAUUGCGGCAAAGUACAAUGCGUACAUAUUCGUAUGCGAAUGCAUCAAGUUACACAGUAAUACAAAUGUUCAAUAUUCCGAGCGAUUACUGCGGAAUUUAUGCCUGGAAGAGUAG